AUGUACAAACGUACAAGUUAUUUACACAAAAUUCGCGGAUGUAAUGAUGUUGAUGAUGUUGAUGAUGAUGUAAGCACAAGUCAGCCAGAGAAGCAAGAGCGAGAAAACUAAAAAAGAAUAAAAGUGGUAAAAAAUAAAAGAUAACAUAUGCGCGCGCUGAGCAUUCCGACAUCUUGUGCACCACAUGACCUCGUUGCCGUGUCCCGUGACCAGCUCACGUGAAUUUCGACAAAUUCAAACGUUUUUUAGCUAAAAAAUAAUGGACAUUCUUGACAGUCAUCUUGAUCCACAAGACGUCAGUGGCAAUCCAAAAGAUGAAAAUGAAACGAGUAUUGUUAUUGAAGAAGCUGAAAUAGUCGAUUGUGAUUAUGAAGCAUAUGAUCCUCUAUCAGGGGACGGAGUACCCGAUGAUGGAUUACGCUAUCAAGAAGCACUAGCUUAUCGGGUUGUACAAGUUAAUGGUAAUUCGGUUAGUAACGAAAUUGAAUUACCAGUACAGCAGCAUGGGAAUAAUUCUGUUCAAGUGUUGACGUCUCCUAUUAAUGGACAAUUUUAUAUUGUCGGUGGUACUAAUGAGGUAUUUACAACUUCACAAACUUCUCGAUCACUUGCUCCACGCACAACGACAUUGCAAAUUGAAACACCGAGAAAUAAUACACCUGGUCUAAAAAAGCGUGAUGAUAAAAGAAGAGCAACCCAUAAUGAAGUUGAACGUAGACGAAGAGAUAAAAUAAAUAAUUGGAUUGCUAAACUUGGUAAAAUUAUACCUGACUGUAGCAAUAAUUCGGGUACGAGUAAUGGCAAUGGAAGUAGCAGUGAGGGAAAAACUAAUUAUGAAACACAGAGUAAGGGUGGAAUAUUGGCAAAAGCGUGUGAAUAUAUCACAGAAUUACGUGCAGCGAAUCAAGGCCUAGGACAAUGUUUACGUGACAAUGAAAAAUUGCGGCAAGAAGUUACGGCACUAAAACAGCAUGUACAAAGAUUGCAACGUGAAAAUGAUCAAUUACGCAAAGUUAAUGUUGUAGUAUCUAACAUUAAUUAGCUUACAGUUAAUUUAAUAGUAAUCAAUUAAUGUUAACUGAUAAUUAAUCAUUUAUAUUACUAUUUCGGAUUUUUUUUUAUUUAAUAUUAUUUUUUUGUCGAUUCUCUCUCAAAGUGUAUCUCUCUAUUUCUUUGUUACUGAUUUUAACCACCUUAUUAUUUAAAUUGUAAAUAUAAAUAUUUAUCUUUAGACGCCAUAAUACGAUUUGUUAUCUAAAAGUCGAUAAGUUAAAUUUAUCAGUUACAUUUAAUUAGGCAUUUAAUUCUACAUGGGUGAUGAUUGGGGCCAAGAUUUU